AUGACACGACGACUGCCCUGGGCGCGCGACGACGUCGACCCAGUACGAACACCUGCGAAAGCCGCCACCAAGCCGUCGACUUCUCGUUCAGCAGCGACGCCGCAACGCGCCACGCCAAAGCAGAAGGCGACACCGACGUCGCGCAACUCAAAGCAACAAUCGUCACGGUUAAAUGGCCUCCUCAGAAAUCGAAGUGCUUCGACCUCACCACCACCACAGCCCAUACCGGAAAUCUUCAUGAUCGAAGGCCUAGAAAAUGACGACAAGUAUCGCAUGGUUGAGGAUGAACUCUUCACCAUCGCGGGCCAGUUCACAGCGCAUCUCCACGCAGCGGAGUACCAACGCCUCAAAACGCAGACGAAAUCUCAGAAUGCGGAGAGGAUCAAGAACAUUUCCCGUCCCGUCGUUGGAUCCCUGACUGACAUUGCGAGGCGACGUCAAGAGGAGCUGCUCCGUAAGAAGAAGCAGCGCGAGGCGCUCCGCAAAGCGAAGAAGGAAGCCGGCGUCGACGAUGAGAGCGGCGACGAGACGAGCAUGCCGUGGCACGGCACCUCGCUGCAGGGGUUGAUGGACAGCCCGCAGAAGAAGGAGGUGCCGCUCACGACGCUGACGAGGGCAGACUCCAGGACGAAGACGAGCUUGUUUGGAGGAGUUAUCAAGUCUCAGAGGAGAUCUGCACCUGUCAGCAGAAGAGAGGAUUUGGAAGAGGAAACGGAGUCCGAGAGCGAUGACCUUGGCGGCUCGGUGAAGGCCCCAACGAGGCGAGAAACCGUGAGUAUCCAAAGAAAGACCGACGACACGACCAACAAGCAGCUCUUCAUCGAAUAG